CGGAUCCAUACAGCCAGAAAACUCCUGCAAGCUGCAAACACCCAGCGGUCUGACACUUAUUCCCUUUGUUGGAAAACGGGAGGCGAGGAUGUUCUGUCCGGAGCUCCCAGACUGUCUCGGAGUUCGGUUUCCAGCCCUCUGUGCGCCCAAAGCGGAGCGCAGUCGGAAUAAAGAGCGGUUGGAGGCCAGUCUGGCUGCCUUAUAUGAGCUGGAGCUCCUCAGACAGAGACAAGAAAGCCGGGUUCGAGGCGCUCUUUGCUCCGGGGACUCUCUCAGCCAACCUUGGGAAGCGCUGCGCCCACAGCUUUGUGUCCUGAACGCACCACAGGAUGGCCUCAAACUCCAAACAGGUGUUCUCCAGCAUACUCAUACUGGUGUGAGGUCUUCUUUAGAACAGCAGGUGGGAGAGCUGAAGGUGAACUCUGAGGUCAGAAGAGCAGAGCCUACUGAACUGGAGGACAAACAACUCAGUUCAGAAGAGGUCCAUGAAGUCAAAGAAAAUGGAUCCCCUGAGUUAAACUCCGAGCAUGAGGUCACUUGUUCUUUCUUGCCCUCUGAGACGACUGGGGAGCCAAAGAGGAAGGAAAUGUGGUUGCCAGAACUGGCAAGACAGGUCAUUGUUUCUGAUGCUUUAGGCAAGAUUAGAGACACAGAAACCAGUCAGCAAGCUGAUCAAGGCGCCCCAAAGUUAGAGAUGUUCAUAUCUGGUCUGAGCCAACGUCAAGCGCUGCCCACAAGGCCCUCAAAGCCCCGAACCAGCCUGGCACAUGAUGCCAAAUCUGUUAGUGGGGUGAGGCAAGGUAGCUUCUCCCGGAAGGAUGAACACCUUCCAUCAAAUAAGGUUUCUCUUCCAGACAUGUCCACUCCCUCCCAAUGCUUAGACAGAGGUGCUUCACAGGAUUGCCAUAAGUUGGAUCAGGAGCAGUACCAAAGGAUUGGGUAUGCUGAAGAUGCAUUGUCCCCAUAUCAUCACCAACUCCAUCAAACUGUCCAGCAUCAACUGGGGCUUUAUCACAAGCCCAGGCACACCUCAAUGAUGAACACUCCUCAAUCAGUCUCAUUUGACUACCCCUCUUCCAGAGUACCACAGGCCCACCGCUACUCCAGCACUGCUGAGUGUGAUUCACCCCAACAUUUUUCUAAAUAUCCCUCCCCAGCAGCUCUGACAAAGUCUUCUUCUCCUGAGGAGCAGUUGGUCAGUGCAGAGUAUAUUCCAGCCCAGCCCUGCCAGGCCUCCACUAGAACAUACGCACAUCACCUCUCCAGUCCAAACAGAGGCUCUGAGGGCUCCAAACCCAGUAAAAGCAGAUACUCUCCAGAAAGAGACCACCAUCAGGACCAGGUCCAACACUUCAGAUCCAGUGGAGGCCAAAAGAAGUGUCGGCUAAAUGAAGACAGAAGUGGUUUCAGCAGAAAGGCUGGUAAGAAGGCGUCCAGGUCUCAUUCGCAGAGCAGCCUGCAGAGGCUUCCAGAGCGCCGGUACAACACCGUAGAGAGGGAUGCUGGCGGAAGUGGAAGCUUUGGCAAGGGGGAUCACAACAUGCAGUCCAAGAGCAAGAAACAGCAACCAGGAAGCAGCAGCUCCAGACGAUGGCAGUCCACCCUAGAUCUCAGCCAGGACAGCCUUGAUCAGCCAGCGAGGCAAGCAUCUGUCCAAAACGCCAUCACUUCAAACCAAAGGGAGCAUUUUUCAAGGCGCACACGGAAACCUCACCAAACACAUGCAGCCUCAGGCUACCAUCCGCACCUCCGCCAUUACAGGCACAAAGAGAGUACAGUAGAGAGACACCAGCUGGGUCAACCCAACAUGGACUACACCUAUCCAGGUCAGGGUCCAGAGUCUGACUCCACCAUGAGUGAAGCUGACUCUCCAGAUUCCACUUCUUUAUCAAGUGACUCGGAUGAAAGUGGGGCAUUAGUUUGGCCUCAGCAGUUACCCCCCCAACUUUCUCUCCCAUCACCUCCUGCUUCAUCUGAUGCGCCUCUUCAGCCCAAAGCAUUCGUCAAGAUCAAGGCCUCACAUGCUCUUAAGAAGAAGAUCUUGCGCUUCCGCACCGGUUCUCUGAAGCUAAUGACCACUGUGUAAAAUAACAUGCUGCCUAAACUGGGAACAUAAAGAUUGACACUAUUUAGAAAGCCUGAUGCAUAUAUGUAAGGGCAUUGUAGCCGUAACACACAAGAAAAGAAGUGUCAGUCACCAUGUCAGCUUAGGUAUGUAGAUUUAUACAACCCCAGUUCCAACAAAGCUGGGUCUGUGUGCAAAACGUAAAUAAAAAGGAAUUCAGUGAUAUCAAAAUCUCAUCAACCCUUAUUUUAUUCCAAAUAGAACAUAAACAACAUAUCAGAUGGUGAGCCUAAGAAAUUUUACUAUUUCAUGGAAAAUAUGAGC